ACCCUUCUCCGUUUGCAACCCAACCAGGACAACCCAUUUUCCAUGUUGCAGCCUCAGUCUUGUCCCGACCUGGAGUAUUGCAGCGGAUCCGAGAAGCAAUAGGAGUUUAAACAAAUGGGAGCAGCAGCAGCCGCCGGUGUGUGUGCAGAGAGGGUCGGUUUUCAGCUGAAAGGGAAUGAAGUUUGACUCUGGAUCGGACAGGGUCGCUCGGUGUUGAUCUCCGCUCCUGGACUGAAGAUUGAACAGGUCCCCUUCCUGUUCCCUGGACCAUGGCAAAGAGUGCUGAAGUGAAACUCGCCGUCUUCGGGAGAGCUGGCGUGGGCAAGUCAGCUAUCGUAGUCAGGUUUCUGACCAAGAGGUUCAUCUGGGAAUAUGAUCCCACAUUGGAGUCGACCUAUCGCCACCAAGCCACCAUUGACGAUGAAACAGUUUCUAUGGAAAUCUUAGAUACAGCUGGCCAGGAGGAUGCCAUUCAGAGAGAAAGUCACAUGCGUUGGGCAGAGGGUUUUGUCUUGGUUUAUGACAUCACUGACAGAGUUAGCUUUGAGGAAGUGAUUUCACUGAAGAACUUCCUGGAUGAAAUCAAAAAGCCAAAAAACGUGACGCUGAUCCUUGUGGGCAACAAAGCUGAUCUGGACCACUCCAGGCAGGUCAGCACUGAGGAAGGGGAGAAAAUGGCUACUGAAAUGGCCUGUGCUUUUUACGAGUGUUCAGCCUGUACUGGAGAGGGCAAUAUCAACGAAGCUUUCUAUGAACUGUGCAGAGAGGUGAGGCGGCGUAAAAUGAUCCAAGGCAAGACCAGACGGAGAAGCUCCACCACCCAUGUCAAGCAAGCCAUCAACAAAAUGCUGACCAAAAUCAGUAGCUAAAUGUUUGUGAAGGGGGGAGGGGUGUGGAGAAAUAAUUGGAAACUGAAAACAACAAAAAAAAGUUGAAUUAUAUCACACAAAAUAGGAAAUAAACAGUUAAGGAUGUUAGCUUUCCAAUUCCAUGUAGCUUCAGAUCUGUUUUUUGAACAAAUCCCAGUCUGACAGAAACUAUUGAUGUCCUAUAGCAUUAGGUACCACAAUUAAGAUUGUGAAUCAGGCUGACAACUCUCACUGUGCAAACGUAUAUGAGACUAAUUUUUAAAUCCUUCCAUUCCCAAAUACUUAAUUAAUUUUAGGUUGAAAUGGGUCAAAGUGUGAAAGAAUAACAGCUUCAGGGUUUUAACUCUUCAACUGGUGUUCUAAUUUUUAAGUUUCAGAAAAGAAUCCGUUCCAUUUGAAGUCAAUGUUUGAGCAGGUAAAAUAAACAGGAUAUUGGACUGCAGCUAAUAACCUGAAUUUUCAGGGGAGUAAGAUCUUCAGAGCCCUAACUGGUUAAGGUAAUGAACAGUCCCAGAAUCAUUUGGGCUAAGUUAGCUGAUCUCACUUUGGUGCAAAGUAGACCCUCUGUAGUUGACCUCAGCACCCUCUGUGUUAAGGAGAAAGGAUAAGCUUUGGCUCCCAAUGGCCAUCUUGCAGUUGAUGCUGCAAGUACUCAUAUUUGCACAUGCAAAACACAGGCUGGGAUGUGCCUGUGAAAACCCCCUUCAUUACAAACUGACUGCCACCAACUCAUUAUUUAAAUAGAGAGGUGGGUAACAUCACGGAGAGGCACUACCUCCCAUGGAACAGUACCUUCAUUCUCCUCGCAAGGAGUUAAAAUCAUCAGAGCGGGGUAUGACACAACAACAAAAAAAGUAAGUGUGCAUUGUUACCACUAUAUGUUUGAAAAUAUGAUAGAUGUCUAAAUUGUAUAUAUAUAUAAAUACAUAUAUCUAAAUAAAUAUGCUCUUUUAAAAUAUCCAAGUUAAAUUGGAUCUAUUUGAAAACUAUGCAGUUGGAACCCAUUGUACCGCUGACCAUUUAUCAUUGAGAUUGUUCAUAGAUACAAUCAAUGCUGUGCUUGGAAAAGCUGUCGGUCCCUUUCAUUUAGGUUGUGUUUUUAAUAUUAAACCCAAGGUUGGCUAUCUCCUGUUGAUUGUUUCCACAGCACUUUGUACAACCUGUAGUAGGUUGUCAUUUUUGGGGACUGUAAAUGGUUAAUUAAUGUUGUGAUUUGUUAAGCUAUUAAUUAAAUUCAUUAGAUCUGUAAAUCAGUUACUAAAAUAUCAAACAGCCUUUUGAAGUUUGGAGAGGUUUCUGUGUUCUGUAUAAGUUUGCAAUUGUAGAUUUUUUCCCAUGAAAAGUAAAUAAGUUGCUUGUUCUUUUUUAAAUUAAUGAUCUCAUGAUUUAUCUUGUAAUUCAUUUUUUAAAAGGACCAACUUAGUUCUAUAUAUAAAAUGCAAGAAUAAUUCUCUUGUUAAAUGCCAGAAAAUACAAAAUGAAUGCAUUCAAAUUUGAGAGAUAUUUUUGUUAAACCCUGAAAUAUUUAAGAUGCUUUGUUAAGGGACUGAUUUAUUUGCCUGUAGGUAACUCCUUCAACUAUACAAUUAACCGAUGGUUUUCAGAGUAUGCUGAAUGUUGGAAAAACCGAGCAAAUGUACUGAAGAGGUCUCCUCAUAUAAUUGCUGUAACUUUGCUGUUGUAACUUGCUUUUCCAUGUAAAAUAAAUCUUGAAAUAUU